CGCGCGCGCUGUUGUUAUUGGUGCCGCUGGCGGCGGCUGUUGGAGGGGGAGGGUGGCUCAGUCAGUGAGUUCUUUAAAGAUGGCCGGAGCGGCGGCGACCGCGACCCCCGUGUACUGUGUUUGCCGGGAGCCUUACGAUGUGAGCCGCUUCAUGAUCGAGUGCGACAUCUGCAAGGACUGGUUCCACGGCAGUUGUGUCAAGGUAGAGGAGCACCAUGCUGUUGAUAUUGAUCUGUACCACUGUCCCAACUGUGCAGUUCUGCAUGGACUAUCCUUAAUGAAGAAGAGGAGGAACUGGCACAGACAUGACUACACAGAGUUUGAUGAUGGUUCCAAACCAGUCCAAGCUGGAACACGGACUUUUGUUAAACAACUGCGGGCUCGCUCGUUCCCAAGUGCUGAUGAAAUCAUUUUGAAAAUGCAUGGCAGCCAGCUGACACAAAGAUACCUGGAGAAACAUGGGUUUGAUGUCCCUAUUAUGGUUCCUAAAUUAGAAGGUCUUGGGCUCAGACUCCCUCCCCCUACUUUCUCCGUUUUGGAUGUGGAACGCUAUGUAGGUGGCGACAAAGUGAUAGAUGUAAUUGAUGUGGCAAGGCAGGCAGACAGUAAAAUGAAGCUUCAUAAUUAUAUUAAGUAUUUCAUGAAUCCUGAUCGACCAAAAGUAUUAAAUGUGAUCAGUCUGGAGUUUUCAGACACAAAGAUGUCUGAAUUGGUGGAAGUCCCUGACAUUGCCACAAAGCUUUCAUGGGUGGAAAACUACUGGCCAGAUGACUCCGUCUUCCCCAAGCCUUUUGUUCAGAAAUAUUGCUUGAUGGGAGUUCAGGACAGCUACACUGAUUUUCAUAUUGAUUUUGGGGGCACGUCAGUCUGGUACCAUGUUCUGUGGGGUGAGAAGAUCUUCUACUUGAUCAAACCUACUGAUGAAAAUCUGGCUCUCUAUGAAUCUUGGAGUUCCUCUGUCACCCAGAGUGAAGUGUAUUUUGGGGAUAAGGUAGACAAAUGUUAUAAAUGUGUUGUGAAACAAGGACAUACCUUAUUUGUUCCUACAGGCUGGAUUCAUGCUGUGCUCACAUCUCAGGACUGUAUGGCUUUUGGAGGAAACUUUUUGCACAACCUCAAUAUUGGCAUGCAGCUCAGGUGUUAUGAAAUGGAGAAAAGGCUAAAAACCCCAGAUCUUUUCAAAUUCCCUUUCUUUGAAGCCAUCUGUUGGUUUGUGGCCAAAAACUUACUGGAAACUUUGAAAGAACUGCGGGAAGAUGGUUUCCAGCCCCAGAACUUCUUAGUCCAAGGAGUGAAGGCUUUACUUAGUGCUUUAAAGUUAUGGAUGAAAAAAGAACUUGUAACAGAACAUGCCUUUGAAAUUCCUGACAAUGUUAGGCCUGGGCAUCUCAUUAAAGAACUCUCUAAAGUGAUUCGCUCUGUAGAGGAGGAGAACAGCAAACCAGUUAAAACUCAGGGAAUUCUUGGUAUGUGCCCAGUUUCCUCACAUGAAGCAACCUCUCCUCACCAUUCCAGAAGAAAAGUGAGGAAACUGCGAGAUCAUACGAUCAAAGUUCCUUCUAAUCUGGAUAUCCUGGAGCUCCACACAAGGGAGGUACUCAAAAGGCUGGAGAUGUCUCCAUGGGAGGAGGACAUAGCAAACUCUAAACUGAAUGGAAGAUUUAACAAGCCCUUUCAGCCAUCUUCUACAGUACCUGAAUGGAAAACAAAGGACAAUGAUCUACGCCUCCUGCUUUCAAAUGGAAGAAUCAUCAGAGAUGAGCGACGACCAUUUACAGAUCGAAGUCUUUACACGGCAGACAGUGAGGAUGAGGAUGACAGGACGAGGUCAAAAAAGACAAAGACUAUUAAGAUGGAAGACCAGAGCUCAGGAUUGGACGGACAAGGGACUGCAGAUGCCCAGAAACCACUGAACAGUAAGCUUGUUUUUGCUGGAACUAAAUUCCGCAUCCUUUAUGACCAGAACAAAGUCCACUUUUACUGUGAACCUUGUCUGUGGAACUUUGUACCAACCAACUGGAAUAUGGCUUUUCACCAAAUGGUUCUUGUUUUAGGUACAUUUGGCUGUGUGUGUGAUAUGUAGGUAUGUAGAUAAUUA